GACCUCUCCCCGUCGCCUUCGUCCUCCGCUUCUUCGCCGCCGACGCCGCCGCCUCUUCCCGGAGACCUGCCGGAGUGAUGGGCUGCAUCGGAUCCCGCACCGUGGGAAAUGAGGUGAUUGCAGUAGACUGGAAGGGACUGAAAGAUGUGGACCAAAUCAAUAUGGACAGUACCAGUUCACUACAUGGCAGCAGCUUCCAUCGUCCUUCUACUGAGCAAACACGGACGGAUUUCUCCUGGGAUGGUAUCAAUGUGAGUAUUGUGUUCUGUAAUAUUUACAAAGAGCUGGAACAGGGCAGCAUUCCCAUGGAGGAUUGGAAGCAGCCAAAGGGAGGCUUCUCACAGCCUGGUUCUAUCUCUGCCACUGACUUUACCUCACCCACUACCACACUCUCCAUGGAAGAUACAACCUCCAUCCUUCCCAAGCUGAAACGUAACUCCAAUGCUUAUGGGAUUGGGGCUUUGGCUAAAUCAUCUUUCUCUGGGAUAUCCCGCAGCAUGAAGGACCAUGUCACAAAGCCAACGGCUAUGGGCCAAGGCCGUGUGGCUCACAUGAUUGAAUGGCAAGGUUGGGGUAAAGGUAACAGCCAGCAGCAGCAACAUACGCACGAGACGGCACGCAAAGAUGCUGAUGCCUACUCAGACCUGAGUGACGGUGAAAAGGAGGCCCGGUUCCUUGCAGGAGUGAUGGAGCAAUUUGCUAUAUCAGAGGCGACUCUCAUGGCCUGGUCCUCCAUGGAUGGUGAGGAUGUGAGUGUAAACUCAAAUCAGGAGAAUCCAGUGGGCAACUACUCCGAGAAUUAUCAGGAACUAAUGGAGAGCCAAGAGCACAUGGCCCAGACGCAGUAUGAUAGCUGGCCUCAUUCCUACGUCUCACAGGGCAUGUAUUGCUUAGGUUCAUCUGAUGCCUGGGAGACCAGUGAUCAGUCCCUCAUCGCUUCCCCAGCAACUGGCUCUUACUUGGGCCAGAAUUUUGAUGAGUCGCAGACAAACCUUCAGGAAAGUAUUUUGAUUCAGAGCAGCCUUCUCCAGCAGCAACAGUUGCAGCAACAGCAGCAGGAGCAAAACUUCAUCCAGAGCACGGGGCUGGUCCAUGUGUGGCCCCUGCAGACUGCGCAGGGUGGGAGUGGGGCUGAAUCCAGCACUUACAUGGAGGACCACCUUGAGGAUAACGGGAACCCACGGCUGGAGAAGGCUCCUCUCCUAAACAAGAAGCCCUCUCCAGAGGAGGAUGAUGUAGUAUGCCGGGACCUGGAAUCACUGUCUCCUCGAGAGGAGAUGGAACAUGCUGCGCUGAGCCGCAAAGUCUCUGAUGUUACCUCUUCUGGGGUGCAGUCUUUUGAUGAGGAAGAGGGAGAAACAAACAACUGAUGCUUUUUGUGAAAUUCUCAUCACUGCUGAACGAAGAGUGGGGUGGCAAGGAAUGAAAUGACAGGGAUUAUUCUCUUCAGCUCCCCAUACUUCCAAGCAGACACACUUUCAGUUUCUGACAUUUAAUUAUUUUUUUAAGCAAGAGGAAAAUCUCAAAGUGAUCGACACACAAAGACCUCUACUUUCCCAUAGACACAUAUUUUCAAUUUUCACUGCUCUGAGCAAUGCACCUGAGGUGCUUGGAGAGAUCUGGAUUGGUAAAUCAUUUCUAACUCUUUUAAAUACAAAGUCUUGGCUCUGGAUACAAACUCUUCUGGUAUAGGGAUAUCGCUGAUGAGUUAGGUUUGAUAUAGGGAGUUGCUUUGUGGCUAGAAUCCAGCCUGGCAGAAUGGAUAUUGUGUUGUGGACAUGAUGCUCUUUGAUAGAAUAUAUGAACAUAGACUGUUUUAAAAUGAAGAUAUGGCUUUACAAAUAUAGAUUGCACUAGUAUAGUGAUUGUGGCUGCUACAGAGAAUAAGGCUGUAUUCAAUACAGGCUGUACUGAGAUGAAGGAUUCACUGUGUAACCAGAUCCUCAAUAGCACCUUGAUAUGAAAUUGUAGGCUCAAUGGAUACAGACUGCGCUCCUUGGGCACUGGUUGUGCUGCAGUACAGAUGGUCUGUCUCUGUGUGCAUGGCUGUACUGUGGCAUGGAAGAAUGAGUGCAGAUAUGUAUCUAACCCUGCUCUGAGAUACUCAUGCUUUGGUUUCUUUCUAGCCUUUCAUUUCUUCGUUUCUCUCUUUGACGUUUCUAUCUUCCUAAGGAGCUGGCAGGAGUGCUGUGUCCUUUUUGGUACUGGGCACCGAAUGCCAGUAGAAAGGACUUGGUCAGCUACCAUAGUCAGUCACCAAAAGCUGACUGUUGUAGGGGGCUUGAGAACAUGUCCAUCUUGGUGCUGCUGCAGCAUCCUUAUGUCUUUUCCUUUACCAGCAGCGUUGGCAGACCAAGAUAGUCUGCAGAUCCAGGAAUAGCAUGUACAGCUAUGAGAUCACAGGUUCCCAGUUUACACUGGAAUUUUCACAUUUUAUAUUGCUGUUUACGUGUUCCUAAAAGAGCAGAUAGUAGUGGUGAAGGUCUGUACUCCCAUUGUUACUUAUAAAUGCUGCACCUUUCCCAUUUCUGCCGCUCCUGCAGUGCCAAACAUAGACAGAGGAAAGGGGCAAGAGACAAAGUUUCUUCCUAUUUCUUUCUUCUCCUUGCUUAUAUAUUUAUUUUUCCUUUUGUUUUCCUACCUUCAGACAGUGUAAAUAACAGUCACUGCUUGCUCUGUUUCUUUUUCCAUCUCUGCUCUGUUUUGUUUUUUUUAGGAGUGGAGGAAGCUUAUUUUAGAAGCUUUUUCUAUUUUGGGGGGUUCUGUCUUUUUUUUUUGUUUGUUCGUUUUUGUUAUAAAAGAAAUCACAGUUUGUCGACUAGUGGGAAUUUGGUCUCCCACAGUUCCUCACUGCGUUUCUAUGGGCCUCCUUUUGAAGGGGAAGGGCUUUGUAAGGUAACUGAAUAACUGUCUCCUCUUCAGCUUCCACCAGGAAACAAAUGGGGAGCAGAAAUAAAAGAAAAAAAAAUUGUAUGAGGCUGUUGAUUUUGCUAAAAGGCUGAACAGAACAGUGGGAAUUACACACGUUGAGUUUUAAUUGCGAUAUCUCUAGGAGCAAAGCAUCAGCAAAUAAUGGGAUACUAGAGCUGAUGAGCUGGAGGAAGGAAUUUGUCUCGACACUGCCAUACUGUGCCAGGGGCAUCUCUUUCCCACUUUCUCUGAUUCAUACCUACUCUGUUCAGUUCGUCAAGUGUUUGUCUCUUCUUUGCCUCCUCUUCAGGCUUGUAUUUUUGGAUUACAGGAGAAUGAUAUGUGCUCACUUCCUGAUUCAGCUUUAGACUCAUCAAGAAUGUCUAAGGAGAGUGAAAUGUGACCAGAGUAGCAUCAUCAGACGUCAGAGUUCAGACAGCUGCUGGCAAACAAAGUAAACCAUGUCCAAGAAUUAUGAGAAGUACAAAUGGGACUCUCAGGUAAAAACUUUAUCCCACUCAGCUUUCUCUCACAUUGGCAGCUGUAUGAAGAGGGAAUUCUAUGAACUCCCAGGUCUUUCCAGCCCUGACCAUUUCAAGAGGAUCUGUCUUCCCUCUCUGUUGUUCCUCUAAAGGAAAAGACCUCUGGGAUUUUUAAGUAAGAUUGAUAAUUUGCUGUAGGUAAGAGAUAAAAACUUUUGUCACCAUUUUGCUUAGUCAAUUUCCUUGGGCUUUCUUAAAUCUAUCUUAGGAGGUAGCUCUUCUCAUGACUGAUGGACUUUCAGUUUCUCCGUGCAGAUGUUUACACGUUCAAGUGCUGACUUCCCCUGGGCAGCAGCACUUGUUGAAAUAUGAUUUACAGUUCUUUCAGGGUCAGUGUUAGCUCAUUUUCCUGAACUGGCUUUGAUCUAGACGUGGAUCGGGGCCUAGGAAAUCACCCUAACUGAGCAGGGGACAGGACAAGUGCCAAGGGCACCUCAGCAGAGGACAAAUGAGCAAGUGUUAAUCUUUUGUUACUUCUUCAGGGAAAGAAGAUACUUCACCUUCAGGGAAACAGAAUGGGCCUGGUAUGUUUCUUUGUGGGAAAAGAUUUGAGUGGUUUGUUGCUUUUUUUCCUCACAUGCCACUUCACUUUCUACAUAGGAAAAAGUGUGGAGAAAAAAAAAAGAAGCACCCCAAACUGAAUUUACAGAAAAUGCUAUGAUUUUCAAUAGCAAGGGAAAAUCUAUCUAUAGUUUUCUAGCCUCUGUUGGAUGGGAUAGAGAUUCAUACCCUGCUGUAUAAUUUCACCACCUGAUCUCCAGAAACCUGUAGACAGACUCAUUCUUUGUGGAGUCUGAGUCUGAAGAGUACUCUGUGAAAACUUCAAAGCUUAUUAAAUCCUAUAGACUUGUUUUUCAUAAAGGUCAUCGCUUUCUGUGAAUAAAGUUCCAGCUUAUUUCUGAAAGAAGGAAAAGGCUAUUUUUCACAACCUCUCCACAAUCCAGAAGAUAAAUGUAUCUUCCUCUCCAGUUGAAAGGAACUUGACUUAUGAGCAGGCCACUCCUAAUCACUUGCUGAGUAAGCAUCCAGAGCUGAACUGGAAAGGUGAUUGGAAUAUAAGUGAAGUGGUUUGUAUAACCUCGCCUUUUCUUAUGUAAUAGGCUUGUGUUUAUCCUCAAUCAGAGAGAGGCACCUGGGGCCUAAAGCACAUUUUCCAAAAAAGCCAUCAUUCUAUAGUUACACCUAUUGAAGCAUAUGGAAGGCACAGGUGCUCUGUGAGCAAAAGUUGGCGUCCAGUUCCUUAUCCUGGUGAGGGUGGAUGAGUUGUAGAGUGUCCAGCCAAAUACUCAGAGUGCAAAUUGAACAGCGAGGCUGAAAAGAAUAUGGAAAUGUAAGCUGAGAAUUCCUGAUUUAUAGUCAGGGUUGCUUAUUAUUGAUCAGUUAUACUGCAUGACUGAAACCCAGAAAAUGGAAUGGGGGAGAAAUAAGAACAUCAGAUUGGCAAAAUCUUGGCAGAUUUGUUAUAUUAAGAUUUGGAACAAGUGCUGGAACCAGCACCUUUAGGCUGCCCUAAUAACGCAUGAAGUGACUACCUCAGAACAAACUAAACAUAGGAGAUGAAUAUGUUUCAUCUCUAAGGCAUAGUUUCUAGCUCACUUACAUGUUGAGGGGGAUGUAGGGAAUUGCUAAGGGGCACAUGAAUAUUGUAUAUCCUGAAGGCCUUGAUCAAAGAAAGUGAUUAGGAAAGUGAGGCACCUUAGAACCACUAAGUCAUUGGUUUGGGCCUCUACCUUCCUAGCAGCUGUUAUUCUUCCCUUUAUAACCACUGAUAUAAUUUGAUGAAUGUCCGAUUAUUAAUUGUUUUUAAUUGCUGUUUUUCAGUGAUGGCAUCAGAAAUGACGUAAUGCUAGUGCUUCUGUUCCUGUUGUUGUAUAAGAGGGAGGGCAGAUCUUAUUUGCUUUACCUAAGAUACAGUGGAGUUCCCCUGUUUGGGCAGCACUGGGCUACACCCAUUCAAUUCAGUCAUUUGAGAUCUAAAGAUCCUGCUGUGUUUCUCAGGGUGAGUUCCUUCCAUUCAGGGCCCUGGGAUUACAGUGACUCAACAAUUUUGCUUGUUUGGUCCAAACCUUAAAGUCAAGAACCAUACAAGAGAAGCUUACAUAAUUUUUUUCUUUAUAUACACAUUUUAAGCAUUCUUCACAAGCUUUGUGAAUUUUCUUUGACCCCAUUACCUCACACUCUGGGAUGGAGAAGUCAAUCUGCUUCUUCAGUUUCUAUGCUUCUAAAUCAGCAACUUCUUCUGGGAAACUGAUGACAAGUCAUCUACUUCCCUUUUCUCUCCUACCCCUUUAAGGCUUUAACAACAUCUUUCAUGUUAAGCUUGCAGCAGAGAACAGAGUUUAACUGUACCUCUAAGAUGAUAAAAUGGUGAGAUGCUGUGAAGGAAGCCGCCCUCUGCCCUGAUUGUACUCACUUCCCACAGCCCAUGCACAGAUACUGAUAAAUGGCUGACCCCACAGCAAACCUUUAUACCCUGCUGCAAAAGGGAAGAUGGAACAGCUGUGAGCAGAUGGAGAAUGAGCAUUAUUCUCAGCAUCUGGCAUUUAUAUCAGGUUAGGUAAACUGUGAAAGUCCAGUUUGAAAUUGUAUCUCCAUGACAAGUCUAAGCUGCCAAAAGAAGCUGUCAUGUGUCCUGCCUUUCCUCUCCUACAGCUGUAUGCUUCUGCUGCCUAAGAAGCAUGAGUAUUAACAUUCACUUGGCUGCUCAGGAACUGGCACCACUGAAAAUGAACUCAGCUCCCUAUUAAAACAAGAGUUCCAGCAACUUGUAUUGCCUUUACUGUUGCAUUGGUAAUUGUCUAGAAAGAGAAGCAUACUAAAAUAAAUACACCCCUAAGUAUUGUGGAGAGCAGGGCUAGAUUUCUAGUUGUUUGUAACUUUAAUCUGUGCCACACUGACCUGUUCAGUUUACCUCAGUCUCUACUGUCUUGCAGUCUAAAACUCUUGCCUUUAUUCUUUUCUGUAUGAAAUAUCCUUUGUUCAGGCAACUCUAAACAAAUCACCAAUUCCUUUAAACUAAUUGUUUGAUUUCUUUUUUCUUUUUCCAAAGAAAUGCAAGAAAGGAAAUAGAAAUGAAAUCCAUUCCAAUACUGAAAUUAUCAGCAGCACCAGCUUAAAACUAGAAAAAUAUAAGUAACAGAUUCAUUUCAAGUUUGAUACCGCUCCCCUGUAGUAAUCUGACAGGGAAAGAUUCCUAUGCCAUGGCUCAGGGAAAGGAAAAAAUAAACAGGGAACACGUUAGUAAAGUAGUGCCUAUCAGAACUAAACGUAUGUGUAGCACAGCCUACAGUCAUUAAGCACAGUCUCAAAUAUGAAUGCAGGCUGCAGAGUCAACAUCAGGUGCCUCUUCUGUGUUACUUAUGUUUAGCAGAUAAAAUAGAAGUAAAUCUGCACAGGAACAGAAGAGUAGAACUUGACCUCUGUGUUGGAGCAAUGUCUUUCUUCAUCUCAGAAUGCAUCUAGAAGCCUGAGCAAGAAUUAACUGGGGUGGGAAAGAGGAAAUAUAGUCAUUAUGUUAAGAAACGAACUCAGGAGACCCACAUUACAACAUUAGGGUCUGUUUACACUUUCCUCAACAUCGGGGAAAAAAGCGGUAUCUUCUCUUGGAUAAUCAAGAGAAGCUCUAUAAAUGUCCGUUGUUGGUCCAUAAUAUGGACUGAGAGAAAAAGAUGGUAGAUUGGUUGUUUGCUUUUUUUUGUUUUUUUUUGGGGGGGUUGUGGGGGUUUGGGUCACUGCAGAUACACAAUGCUGGAACUGGGAAAAAUUAGUCAGUCCAGGACUCUGAGAAAGAGUAUGUUUACUAAAACUGUGCAGACUUGUUUCUUAAAGUUAUGAAAACUUGUUCGAGUAAGAAGGCUCUCAGUGCAGAUAUCAAGGGACUUAUGUACCGAUGAGUGGUAGCUGCUGUCUUCUAGGAACAGGGGAGUUGCAGCGUUAUGUAAAAAGAAUGUGAUCUGCUGUUACUGGGAUGUUUUGCAUGUGCUAGUCUUGUUUCUGCUUUUCCCUGAGAGCAACUGUCCGUGCUAGUCAGACCAAAACAUCUAAAAUGGAUUUUCUCCGUGAUGGAAACAAGAAUAUGUGAAUGAAGUUUUAUUCGUAAUGAGAUAAAAUCAUCUAGUACAGAUUUACUUGUCUUUUGGAUUCAUUUUCAUUAGGCAUGGAACUCCAGUCAUACGUUGGAGGUUAAAUCGUUAGGAACCCUUUUCUAAAGCUCUGCUGAGCUUCCAUGGGGCAAAUGCAGGUGGGCUUCACUUCUUUUUGGAUAUUGCAUGUGAGCAACGUAGCAAGUCAAAAGCUCUUCUGCGAGCAUAUAUUCUUGUUUGGCUUCAAUUUCUCUUCUCUGGUUUGUGGAUAUUGUGCAUGAUUGGAGGACUCUGGGAAUCCCAAGACUAUAAAGUAGGAACUCAGAAGUAAUUUCACAGCGAACAGAAUUUAUCUCAUUUCAGCUCUUUUCAUAUAUUGGAGGGUCCAGACUGAGGAUCUGGGAGGUGCAAGGGUGGUUGAUGGGACUCUUGAAGUGGUACGGGGAAUGCAUUCCUGGAGUAUGUUUAAAAGUAAGUAAAAGUUUGGGGCUCCAGAUAUUGUGUUCUUAGUUUCUUAAACUGCUUUAUCAUGAGUGUAUGGGACAAUGGAAGUUGCAGCAAAGCGAUUUUAAGACCAAUCUGUACACGUUUUCUGUAGGGGGCGGCUGCAUGGUGAUUAUUUGUAUUCUUUCAAACUAGUGUUUACAGAGAUGCACUAAUGUUUGGUGGGAAAGUAUGGAAUGAAUGGAAGUAAAACGAAAAGAGAAAGAGGUCCACUAUUGUAAGCUUUCAUCCCUACCUAGCCCUUAAUGAUGAUUUGCCUUUGGUCUUCCAGCUCCAAAACAUGUUUGCCUGAAAAGUUUUGUUGAAUAUACUUCGCAUGUUUUUGAUAAUGUGACUUAUGAGAUAACACUUCUACAAAGAUAUAUAUAUAUAUAAAUACAUACAUAUACAAACACAUGCGUACACAUACAUACACCUACACACACUACAUAUAGACUUAGGAAAAUGUAUGGCAUUAUACACCUCCAUGCCUGUAUGUGGCAGUAACCACAUAGGGGAGGUAGUUCAAAAUAGCAUGUACAGUCCUUUAUGGAGUUGUUAUUAAACAGAAUGUGGUCUUGCCA